AAUUCAAUUUGUACUAUUUGUAAGCUUCUAGUCUAACCGUCCUCUUCUCAAGUCUUUUUUCACCCACUUUCCUUUCAUUUUCCAAUUCCACCAAAUUCCUUCUCCCACUACUCCAACAUGGCUAAAGGAGCAUCUCAGUCUCAAUCUUCAACCUCAACAUCCUCCCGCCCCGGAGGCGGAGGAGGCGUCGUCGCUCCCCGCGGCUCCGCUGCCGCAACCGCCGGCAUGCGCCGUCGCCGUGUCACCUCCGGAAACAGCACCGCCAGUGUCGCAGGUGGAUCCAGUGGAAGCAACAACAUGCUGAGAUUCUACACGGACGAUGCUCCGGGGCUGAAGAUAUCGCCGACGGUGGUUUUGGUCAUGAGCCUCUGCUUCAUCGGGUUCGUCACCGCGCUUCAUGUGUUCGGGAAGCUUUAUCGCUACAAAGCUGGCGGUGGUGUGUGAUUGGGAGAUCUGAAUCUGGUAGUUUGGGUUUCGGAUCUUGAUCGAUCUGUUUCUAUAGCGCGUUGCUUUUGUUUCUCUGUUCUCUAAUUAGAAACUGUUUUUCUUUUUAACUUUCCAAGCUUAAUUUCACUGAUCUUUGUUUUUUUUUUUGUUUUUGGUUUAGUUAUAUUGCAAGUUGAUUUGCUACUUCUGUUUUUUUUUUCUUUCUCUCCUGGUUAAUUUAUGAGUUUGUUGAA